GGUUCAAUUCCGAAACAGGAUCACCGCAGAUGAUCAAAACCGCGUUGUUGGUAGCUUUCAUUUGGGUAUUGUUACCACAAAGAAACCCGGAACAUACCACUAUCUAUCUAUCUAUCCAUCUAUCUAGCUAGCGAGUAGACAAGAAGAUGUUGGAUCACGAGGACCCUGCCUUUGCCAGGAUCUUUGGCACUACUACUGAGGAGGGUGCUGCUGAACAACAAACAGCAGCAGCCCCUCCAACCACAGUGAGUAUCGAGAUGACAACAGAAGAAGCCAAAGCCGCGCUGGAGGCUCUGGAGAAUCAGAAUGGUGCGGUUGCCGAUCCAUUUGCGGAAGCGGAAGAAAAGGCUCGAAAGGCUGCAGCAAGCGAAGAAGCAAACAGCAAUGCUGCCGCGGCGGCUGCUCGAGGACGACAACUCGCUCUAGCCGGUUUGAAAAAGAAGCGCAAGAAGAAACCUCGACCCAAACCAGGGGAACAACAACCAGACGACGAUGGAGUACCCGAAACAUUUGUCGACGAAGCUUCCAAAAGUCAAGAACUUGCCGUACAGGAAACCAUGAAAAAGUCGGCCCGAAGAAGGAAAUCAUCCAGACGCCAGUCCACAGAUGCCCCUGCGCCGUCGGCUGAAACACUGGCAAAGGAAGCACACGACAAUACCAAUAAUAAUACUGACGAGAAACAAAAGAAGGCUCGAAGGAGAAAGUCCAAAGAUCCAUCCGGCACUCUCGUGGAAUCAGGAGGUAGAGCUACACCUAGCAAUCACCAUCCGGACAAGCAAAGGCGCAAAAAGAAACGGGCCCCACCGCCACCACCACCACCCGAGAAUCCCACAGUGGUGCCUCCACCGGAAGAACCAACUACUACUCUACUAGUAGAUGAUGGAUUGUCCAAGAAAGAAAAAAGAAAAAAAUCCAAAGAGGAACUGCAAAAGCUCAAGGAAAAAUUGACCCAAGUGCUGGAGAAAAAAGAAGCCGAAGAAGCUGGUGCUCCGGCGGUAUUGUUGCAUCCCAUUCCAGAGACGGACGAGGCACCCGUUGUCCAACCAGCCACCACAAAGUCUAAUGAAAUUGGAGACAUUUUUGGAAUUGAAAACAACAAUGCACUCUUUGAGGCUACCAGAAUUGCUGCUCAAAACAAGAAGGACAAUUCUGCCAAUCAAAUUCCGGCACAAUCCGACCAUUCCUUUUCGACAAUCAAUCUCGACGAAACCAAUCACAAAAACAACAAGCGAGAAGCGCCUGUGGAUUUGUUGUCCUUGCCCAUUGGUGCGGCUCCAGCAGAACAACGACCCCCGGAAAUGGAUGCUUUGCUACAGCCUCAUCCGACCAACAAUGGAGGUUUGGAUGGCGGUCCCAUGGAACCAGAGGAACUUGUACAACGCUAUCACGAAGCCGAAAAGGCACGCAACAGAAAGGUGAAACUCAUGAAGAUGGUCAUCAUUGCGCUUGGUUUUCUGUUUGCAGUGGGGCUGCUGGGGCUAGUCUUUAUGUUUGCCUUUGGAUGGCUAAAAAGUAGUGACGACAACAACAACAAUGCAGCUCCAGUCGGCACCACCACAGCGACACUCGGGGACAUUUUUCUGCCUCCCGCAGCACUGGUAGAAGGAACCGAAGCGGCUCUAGCACAGCCGGCAUCACCACAAUUCCGAGCCUACGAUUGGUUGGAACAGGAUCCUCGUCGCGGAGAGUACGAAGAAUGGCAGCUCAUCCAACGCUUUGCUGUUGCCACUGUGUACUUUGCCAUGCGGAAAACCAGCGGUCCAACCAGCGAGGAGGAGGAUACUUGGCUCCGCCACGACCAAUCCGAAUGUGAUUGGGGCGGUCCCAGCAACGACCUGAAUCCACCCCGGUGCGACGACAAUGGGCGCAUACAAAAUCUAGAACUCUCGGCCGUGUCGGGAGUACAGGACGACCUGGUCACGUCAAUACCCAGAGAGAUUACAUUGCUGGAUCAGAUCCAACGUUUGGGUAUGGCCCGAAAUGGUGUCUUUUCCACUUGGGUCGAUCUGAUGCCCUCGGAGAUGCAACGGAUAGCUUCCACGUUCAGGAUGCUCUCCGUUGCGCAGAAUGAAAUUCACACGCUCAUUCAACCGGACUCGUUGUUGUUCAAGCUUUCAAAUUUACAGGAGUUGGACGCAUCGACGAAUCUCUUGACCGGAAGCAUUCCCUCCGAAUUCGAUACGUUGUUGGAGCUCCGACGUCUGGAUUUGUCGCAAAAUAGUUUGUCAGGUGGAAUCCCCACCCUCCGUGAUUUGAGCAAGCUGGAAUACUUGAGCCUUUCUGGCAACAAGAUUGAUGGCCAGAUCCCUCCGUACAUUGGCUUGAUGUUUUCGCUGAAAUGGUUAGAUCUUGGGGACACAUCCGUGACAGGCUCGCUCCCCACGCACCUUGGACAGAGCAGUUCUUUAGUGUCGCUGGAUCUGAGCAAGACGCUUCUCUCCGGUAGAAUUCCUUCCGAGAUUGGCACGUUAGGUUCUACGCUCCGGGUAUUGGAUCUUUCCGAGAAUGGAAUCGAAGGACCCUUGCCUUCUGAAAUUGGUCAGUUGUCAUCACUUCGGCGGCUUUCUUUGUCAUUGAGUGGUCUCUCAGGCUCCAUACCGAGUCAAGUUGGCGGGUUGGCGUCAGCAGAGGAGCUAUUGCUGUCCAACACGUUGCUAGCUGGAUCGCUACCAACACAGCUGGGUUCUAUGACAAAUUUGAAACGGUUGGAAAUCGCCGGGAACUCUCAUACUGGAACGAUUUGUUCAGAGGUUGGUCUGCUUGGUAACAACCUGGAGCGCCUCGACUUGUCGAAGAACGGCUUCAAUGGUCUGCCAACGGAAGUGGGACUUUUGAGCAAGUUGACUUUCUUGGAUCUUUCCUUCAACUCGAUGACGGGCCGUGUGCCACUCGAGUUGGAUCACUUGUCGUCGGCACAGAUCAUUGACAUCAGUGGCAACUUUAUGACGGGUCAACUUCCCUCCUUUCAAGAUGCUGCUGCUGUGCGUGUGCUACGCCUCGGUGGGAACUACUACACUGGCUCGACCCUUCCAACACAACUGGGAUUGCUUACUCAAUUGGUAGAACUGGACUUGUCCGAGACAGCAAUCACGGGGACGAUCCCAUCCGAGUACAGUAGUUUGACGAAUCUGGAAGUGCUGAAACUUGGGGGCGAGGUCAGUGGAAGCAUUCCCAAAGCCAUUUGCGGACCCCAACUGGGAACUCUGUCGGUCAAUUGUGAAAAGGUUGAAUGCGGGAAGUGCAACUGUGACUGCCAAGGGUAGCUUCGGGUGGCAGCGAAGGUUGUAGCACAAGAAGGAGCUAUUAGUUCAUUUGAUUUUUGCGUUG